AUGUCGACCUUUUCACAAACCCCAAACCUCAUUGGAGUACUCUCCGAAUCACAACGCAUAACCAGUGCCCACUCUCCCCACUUCUUAGCUCUCUCUCUCCUCUUUCUCUUGCCCCUCGCUUCCUCUCGUGUCAUCUACGGCAUCGUGCAGUUCACCUUCUCCCAAAACAACGACGUCAACUACCAGUUCUUCCGCCUUUCCACCUCCACCCUCCAUCAUCUACUCCCUGAAACCCUGAUUUUUCCUCUCCUCUUCACCUUCUUCGUCAUCUUCUUCUCAGUCUGUGCCAUAGCCACGAUCACUUACAGCACCUUCCAUGGAUUCUACGGCAGACCCGUCAGAUUCGUUCCCACCAUCAGAUCAAUCUCCUCCUCAUUCCUACCCCUUGCGUCCACAAUGAUGAUCUCACAAGCAAUUAUAGCCCUGAUAUGUACCAUUUUCGGCCUCGUCGUUGUUCUGCUGUAUCAAGGGCUUCAGGUUUUGGGGGUUGAAAUCGAUUAUAAGUCGAAUUGUUUUAUCUGGAUUUGCAUAUUCGUUGCGAUUCUACUUGGGUCGACCUUAAUUUGGUUACAAUUGAACUGGAUAUUGGCUAGUGUAAUUGCGGUUGUGGAAUCGAAAUGGGGGAUUGAGCCGUUACGGCGAAGUACUCAGCUGACGAAGGGAAUGAGAGGGACUUCGUUGCAGAUUGUGUUGAGCGGAGUUUUUAUUUUGGCUAUGAUUUGGGAGAUUUAUUCGCCGGCGAUGAUGAUGUAUAGGAGUAGGGGGUUCUGGAGUUGGGGCUUCUUCAUGUUGACGUUUUUGCCUAAUUCGAGUAUUGUGGUGCUUAUGCUUUGGACUGUGGCGGAAAGUACAGUGAUGUAUAUAUAUUGCAAGGCUUUGAAUGGUGAAUCGGCCAUUGAAAUGGCUAAGGAGUUCACUGGAGGGUACGUUAGCUUGCCUUUCAAUGAUGAUGAGAAGGUCCAUCAGGUUGUUCAAGUUCAAACUUGA